AUGGGGAUGUGCUUCACUCUUGCGAGGGAUGUGGUGCAGCAGCUUGUGUUGUUUGAGCCUGUGCGACGGCUGGUGUAUUCACCUUAUACGAAACAACGAUUGAACGGCUAUCGCUUUUAUAACACGCAGCAUGACGACGUGAUGGUGGGGCAGGAAUUGCGGCUGGAGGUGCGAUACCCAGCACUGGUGGCUGUGGAGGAUUGCCGGAGCCGGUUCCAUAAUGCCCAUAAUGGUGAAGGACGCCUUCUUGUGAUGCCAGUGUCUUUUUUUUUUUUCAUGUGCCACAUGAAAAUAAAUACUUCACUAUGA